AUGGACCCAGGAACCAGCACUCCCUACCAUGUUUCCAGGACCCAGGAGGCCAAAGGGCAGCCCAGGAUCCGCGUUAAAAGGGGAGAGAAAGGCCAUAAAGCCACCAAAUAUGCUGGUCCAAUGCAGAAAAACACUUCACGGGCCAUGCCUAAGAGAAGAUCUUCCUACCCCACCGAAAAUAACAUAGUGGGCCGCAGAAUUUCCCACUUCUGGAAGGAAGAUAAUGGAAUCAUCACACAUUGGAAGGCUACUGUCCUAGUGCAGAUUGCUGUAACACCAUCUCUCUAUCUGGUGAAAUAUGACAACAUCGACUGUGUGUAUGGAUUAGAACUUCACAACGAAAAGAGGAUAAUAUCACUUAAAGUUCUUUCUGAAAACGAGGAAACAUCUGAAGUCCCUGAUCCCAUGCUUGCACAUGAUAUCACUGGAAAAGAGGUAGCACACCUCUUUGAGGGUGAGUGUGGCCUUAAGACUCCAUGGAGGGGGAUAGUCCUGGGCCAAGCACCUGUCUUAACAUCCUUUUUCUACAUUAUCUAUGAAAAAGAUCCAAUCUUGUAUGUGUACAAGCUUCUGGAUGAUUAUAAAGAAGGCAACCUGAAUAUCAUUCCAUGCUUGGAUGAGGCUCCUCCAAAAGAUGUAGAUCUGGGAAUUGCAGAUGGGCUAAUAGGCCAAAAUAUAGAAUACAAAAAAGAAAAUGGGUCUCCUAGAAUUGGGAAGGUGAUUCACCAAGUUGAAUCAAAAUCAUCUGUAUAUUUCAUCAAAUUUGAAGAUGAUUUCCAUAUCUAUGUCUAUGAUAUGGUGAAAAAGAUCUGA